AUAAGAUACAAAAUAUUGCCGUCCGCCAUUUUGUGUUCAAAUGUAUAAAGGUAAAUCAGUGUCCGUAAAAACCUUUGAGAUUUAAUUAUUAGUUUUGUGUUUUUUCCAGUGUUAUGUUUUAAUAAUUAACUUGAAGAGUGACAAAAGGUGAAAUGGACGGUCGAGUCAUAUUGUGGUUGGCUUGUGUCUUGUCGGUGAUUGCUGUCAGUUCCGCUGAAAAUGCUACCACUGUAGCCCCACCCACAACUCUGAACCCAGCUUUGAAUGAAACUGGGAUUUGCAGAAAAUGUAAAUGCAAAGACAACAAAGUGGAUUGCUUCGACCAAAGUAUUUCUGAAUUUUUCUCUCUACAAGAAUGGAAUGAUUUGAAAGGCUUGAAGCCUACAAUUGUGGACUUGAGCGAGAAUCUUAUAACCAACGUGACAGUGAUCGGCGAUCUGCCGAUACAGAUCCUUAACCUCUCAAGAUGUUCCAUAGAGUUCAUAGACAACGCUAGCUUCAGGGACCUGCAGGAGAUGACCACAUUGGAUCUCAGCCACAAUAAGUUGACAACUGAUAAAUUCAGUCCACAUGUCUUCGAGGGUCGUUUCUCCCCCGAGGAAUACGAGCCACUAGCAGCGAUGCGGAAGCUGAACCUGGCGCACAACGAGCUGCACUCGCUGCACCAGGACUUGUUCGAGCACCUUCCCGAGUUGACAGAACUCGACCUCAGUGGCAACCCGCUCGCCACCAUCGACCACGUCACACUCAUCGCCAUCUCCAGCUUGCCUAUGCUCAAGGUGUUGCGCAUGCGCAGUUGCCAACUGACAGAGAUUCCGGAUAAGUUCCUGCACACGCCGCGCUAUCUGGAGCGGCUGGACAUCAGCGACAAUCUACUGACCGCCGUGCCUCAGGAAUUGGAGGAGACUAAGAACCUGGUCUAUCUAAACCUCAAUCAGAACCCCAUUGUUAAGUUGGAUAUGUCAUCCGAGGAUUAUCCAGGGUUCCCCCGUCUCCGUAAGCUUCAAGAACUGCACAUGUGCAACAUGAGGGAGCUCCGUAGCAUCGAGACCGGUGCGCUGGCGGGUCUGGAAAACCUGCAACGUCUGCAUGUCAGCUUCAAUCCCAAGUUGACCUUCGUCGACCCCAGGGCUUUAGCUAGGCCGGAUGAUAUCGGGGAGACUUACGAUUGGCCUACCGUAAAAGAGUUAUACCUACAAUCAAAUAACUUAUCAGAGCUGGAUGCUCGUUUCCUUCCGCGCUGGGAUCUUCUAGAAGCAGUAGAUGUAUCCAACAAUCCCUUCCUCUGCGAUUGCUCCACGCAAUGGAUGGUCGACGUGUUGGUACCGGUGAUUGAAGCAAAGCAUGCGAACGCCACUGCUAAUAUGAUAUGCAAUGAACCGAUCGAAAUGAGAGGCUACACGAUGAAGCACUUACAUGAUGUACAUCGCACAAUGCGCUGCGUCGACAAAUACGGACACCGACCUGAAAAGGACGGCGCCAUGUUGCUCGGGACACUUAUAGGAGUGCUUCUGGCUGUUCCCAUUAUGUUAACCUUGAUGCUGCUGUGGCGACACGGCUACUUCGGAUGGCUCGGUCUCAGAGGACCCGUUGACGUUUCCCGCGCAUUUUACAAACGCGCCCCCGCCGAUGACAGUUUUAAUAUUUAAAAUAUUAUGUAGUUAUAUUGACAUAGUUUUUUUUUGUUAAGUUAUUAUUGAAUUACUAGUAUUGUUAUUUAUUACAUACACUCUGUUUAAUAUUCGACACCUAACCUAAAAUUCUUACUGCUUUGUAUAACGGUCAAAUAGAAAAUAACGACUGUGUAACAAAUACAAUUUACGCAUAUACUUAUACCAAUUUACGUUUAAUUUUUUAAUGGUAUUUAAUUAUGUUUUAACAUGAUUU